UGCUAAAUGCCAGCCGAUGGACCAAGCGGUCAUCAAUGCAAUCAAGCGAAAGUAUAAAAGAAAACUGAUGCUCGCAUUAAUUCUGGAAAACGAACACUUAAGUUUCGAAGAACGAUUGAAGAAGAUUAAUCUUCAACAGUGUAUUUCGUGGUUGGCAACCUCUUGGGAGGAGAUAUCUGACAAAACUAUACGUAAUUCGUGGAAGAAAUUGAUCGAUGGUUUGCCGGAGGAUGCUGUUAAUGUAGACUCGAAAGCGGCCGAUGAUGACUUCAAAGCGCUUGUGUCCAGGAUUGACAGUUUGGCAGGAACAAAAACAUCUGAGCAAGAUAUUGAUCUGUGGAUCAAAGAUCAGGUGUAUGAUGCUGAUCAUAAUCCAGAUUGGGUAACCAGUGAAGUGUUCUCUGAUGACGAGAUUUUGUCAUCAGUUCUCAAGGAAUCAACCUGAAAUGCAAGAAGAAUGGUUGGUAGACACAGAAGAUGGAAGUAAUUCGUUUGAUACUUCCAUUACUAGUACCGGAGAUCCUGAUUUUGGCGAUGCAAUCAAGUCAAUUGAUUGCCUAGUUCGCUAUAUGAAGCAUGAUGUUGCAGAAGUAUGCCGUUUGAACGCGCUACGUUCGAAAAUCACUGAAGUUGAAUGGCUAAAACGAGCAUGUUGAAGAACUCUACCAUUUUGUUGAAAAUGAAUUUACGUGGUUUGUUUAAUUUUGUUUGAAACGUUUAAAAUAAAUAUUGUUUUUGUUGAAUAA